GAUGGUAGCUCUCCAUGAACAGGGUUGGAGUUAAAACCUACAGGAGGGUAGCUCUCCAGGAACAGGGUUGGAGAGCCCUGUUCUACAUCAUCAAUUUUUUUGAUGUUGUUGUUUUCCUACAGACUAUUGGAGGCUGGUGGGUGGAAUUAUACAAGGACAAGCUCAUUAUAAUGGCUUGAAUGACAUGGAACGGUAACAAACACAUCAAACAUAUGGAAACAACAUGUUUAACUCCGUUCCAUUUAUUCCAUUUCAGCCAUUACAAUGAGCCCAUCCUCCUGUAGCUUCUCCCACCAGCCUCCACUGCUACAGACAUUGUCAGUGCUGGGAUGCAUUUUAAAACAUUAAACUUUCCACCACUCCCCCAGGGGUAAAUUUGUGUUAAAUUCGUGUAGCUUGGUGUUUGGUGAGCAAAUUAAACAUGACAUUUUUUUUAUUUCAGACGAUUGAAUCACCAGAGCCUCAAUGUUUGCCGGAGGAAUGAAGACAUCCAAGGACUAAAAUUAACUCUGACUAUUUCUAAUUUGUCUUUCUCUUUAGCCUUUAGUCCCUCUGAAGGAUAAUACAUUGACAUCGUUUGGGAUUAUAGCACGGCAUGGUAUGACAUUUUUAUGUUCUUACGGUGGUAGUGACUUCUAGUCUGACUGUCAAAGAUACAGCAUUUUACCCAGACUCCCGAUGUGGCACAGAGACCAAUGUCAUACACAUCAGCAGUUGGCAAAUUCUUACAGAAGUAUAGCAUGCAAUGCCAUCUGGGGUCUUCUUCAAUAGCCAAGCGCUGGUUCGAGUCUGUAUAAUUUCUUUGCUAUUUUAAUCAAAUCAACUUGUUGUCACAUGCGCCGAAUACAAGUGUAGACUUUACAGUGAAAUGCUUACUCACAAGCCGUUAACCAACAGUGCAGUUCAAGACUUACAGUCUCUGCGGAUCUUAUUGAUGCUGCAUGCUUUCUGGCAGCGGUCCAGCUGUUCCUUGACUCCGUGGAUCAGAACCGGAUCCAUGUCCCGUGAUCACACACUGCACAUCCUCUUUGGCACCAGCAGAGAGCCCAGAGCAUCCAGACCAUCUGGCAGGAAUAGCGGACUUUAACCAGAGCAAUUAGGGAAUCACGCCUACUGCCACCUGCUCUAAAUGUAUACUCUGUAUGAUGUGCACAUGUGAAUAUAAUGUCAAGUCUAGUAGUACGUCAUAUGAAUAAAUAAAAUAGCCUAACUGUUUAGGGGGGGGAGUAAAACAAUGGAAAAAUAACAUUUGCACAUACAGUACAAAUAUUUGUUAUGCAAAGUCUCCUAUGACAACUAAAACAUUUGCUGCUGAGAAUCACAGACAGAUGUUACACACAUUGAAGCAGAGGUUGAUGUGGCUGUAAUGUUCUGUUAAUACACAAACUAAGUUGUCUGUCUACAGUGGAAAUGUGUUUACAGAAAUGUGACUAACUCAGAACUGUUUCGAUUUAUUUUGCAGAUUAAAAAAAUAUAUAUCAUCACAAAUAACACCCGAGUGCACCACGGGUAUGAAAAACUAAACCUUCUGUCUAUCAUUGGCAUCGCAGGAAGUCCAAUGUUUGUUGAGCACCAUAGUGCUGCUUUGGAGCACAGGUGAUGGGUGGCUGAGCACAGCAGCAGCCCUGCUUGGAGGGUCUAGCCUAAAGCCUCUCUCAGUGACAGGAUGACUAUGCCAGAGAGCACUACAGUUUUCUUUAAUCUGAGCUUCCCUGUGGAGUGGAAUCAGUCUGACUCCAGACCGGAGACCCCUGACAAGGAGAAGAACUGGCCUGCUCUGCUCAUCUUAAUGGUCAUCUUCUUCACUGUGGUGGGCAACAUCCUGCUCAUUCUAGCUGUGUCUCUGGAGAGGAAGCUGCAGAAUGCCACCAGCUUCUUCCUGCGCUCCCUUGCUGUGGCAGACAUGCUUGUGGGUUUUCUCGUCAUGCCGGUCUCACUGAUCAACAUUCUCUAUGACUACGUGUGGCCCUUCCCCAGACCCCUCUGUCCCGUCUGGAUCUACCUAGAUGUGCUGUUCUCCACAGCAUCCAUCAUGCACCUGUGCGCCAUCUCACUGGACCGCUAUGUGGGCAUCUGUAACCCCAUCCAACAUAGCCGCUCCAACACCCUCUCCAAGGCCAAGGCUAAGAUCGCCCUCGUCUGGACCAUCUCCAUAGUGAUCUCCACACCCAUCCCUGUGAUUGGCCUGUAUGACGAGGGGAAGGUGUUUGUCAACGGGACCUGUGUACUGAACGAGCACAGCUUCGUCCUGAUUGGCUCCUUCGUAGCCUUCUUUGUCCCUCUGGUCAUCAUGGUGGUCAGCUACUGUUUGACUGUGCGUGUUCUGCAGCACCAAGCUUCUGACUUCCUGCAUGGAGGCCAGGCUUCAAUCAACCAGCCGGCCCUACUCAGAAUCACCCCAAGGUCCCCUGCAGGGGACAGUCUCCGUCUCCUCAAACAGGACCCUGCCCCUAAGGCCUUGCCAGCUGUUGGUUCCUCCGACGUUUCCGUCUCUCAAGCCUCCCUUCAACCCAUCUCUCCAACAGGGAGACAGGAGCCAGGGGGAGCUGGCAUGGCUCAAUCAAUCAAAAAUGAGAGGAGAGCCUCCAUGGUCCUGGGUGUGGUGUUUUUCCUCUUCCUGAUGAUGUGGUGUCCAUUCUUCAUCACCAAUGUGCUGAGCGUGUUGUGUGAGGACUCGAUAAUAAGCCUGUGCAAUAAGCCCGUGUUGGCAGUGCUCCUAAAGGUCUUUGUUUGGGUGGGAUAUGUCUCCUCUGGUGUCAACCCACUGGUCUACACUCUAUUCAACAGGACCUACAGACAGGCCUUCCACCGCUACCUACAGUGUAUCUACCACAGCCCGCCAGCCAAGAGCACCAAGAAUAUUUCUGUUAAUACCGUCACGCCUAUUCUAUGCAGUAAAGAUGCCAACGACUGUAGCUGUAACAGCCACAAUGGGUAUAAAGGUGAAAUGAAAGGAAGAAUGGGGUUGGAUAGAGAGGGUACAGGGUCUGGGAUGCUUGAGAAGUUGGCCAGUGUCUGUCCCACCACCGCUGAGGAAGUCAGCUGUGUCUGAACUGGCUGGCUGACCUACUGUAUUUCCCCUCCAGGCUCUCUACAUACAAAACAUUGUUGUGACACAACUGUUGCUUCAUGUCACUGCCUGGAUUCUCCAGCUCAUCUUCUUGUUCAAACACAGGAGAUGUACUGGAUUCUCCAGCUCCACUUCCUGUUAAAACACAGGAGAUGUACUGGAAUCUCCAGCUCCACUUCCUGUUAAAACGCAGGAGAUGUACUGAAUUCUCAAUCUCCACUUCCUGUUCAAACGCAGGAGAUGUACUGGAUUCUCAAUCUUCACUUCCUGUUCAAACACAGGAGAUGUACUGGAUUCUCCAUCUCCACUUCCUGUUCAAACACAGGAGAUGUACUCAAUGUCUCCCUGUUGCUUGGACCUGUAAACAUGACUCAAUGAGAUAUGAAAUAGUGUUAAGUCUGCAGAAUUGAUACUGUACGUGUCAGACAUGAAUUACAGCUAGUGAGUAAUA